CUCUGCCUGACCUGCCUCGGCGCAGCCCCACGCGACGUACGCCACGGAACGACGCGCCGACCGAGCCAAGCCAGUACUACCACGUCCCCCCAGCCAAACCAAACGCAGGCACGGCACGGCACGGCGCGGUGCUCAUUCGCAUUCCCCAGCCCCACCGAUCGGAUCGGCAAAAUCCCUCCCACCAGCUCCCCACAGAUCCCGGCGUCCCCACCGCACAUCCCUCCCUGCUUCCUUCCCCCAUCGCCCCGGCCGCGGAGGCGGAGCUUCCCCCCACGCCACGAUGGCGGAGUGCCGCAGCCUCAUCGAGUUCCUCCGCGCGUUCGAGCACCACCGCAGGGCGGCCGACAUCUCCGCCUCCGCGUGCUCCCGAUCCAGGCGGGCCGGGGCCUCCUCCGCCGCAGGCGGCUCCUUCUGCGACAGCGCCCCGAUGGCCGUGGUCGACGCGGUCAUGCUCCUCGCCGUCGUCACCGCGCUCGGCUUCCUCCUGAUCCCCUACCUCAAGCUGCUGCUCCUCGAGAUGGGCGCGCUGCUCCACCCCGCCGCGUCCUGCCUCCCGGCCGCCGCCUUCUUCGGGGCCGCCGUCGCCGUCGCCGCGGCCGUCGUCGCCUGGGAGCUGCUGGGCCACCACGCGCGCAAGUGCGGCAAGCCCAGGUGCAGGGGCCUCAAGAAGGCCGUCGAGUUCGACAUCCAGCUGGAGACCGAGGAGUGCGUGCGCGGCCGCCCCGGCCCCGCGGCGCGAUCGGCGCUGCUGGCCGCGGCGGGGGCGCGCCCCGUCGACCUAGGCGACGACCAGCGGGAGCUGGAGGCCGAGCUGCGCAAGAUGGCGCCGCCCAACGGCCGUACCGUCCUCAUCUUCCGCGCCCCCUGCGGCUGCCCCAAGGGCCGCAUGGAGGUCUGGGGCGCCAAGAAGGUGCGCCGGAUCAAGAAGUGAAGGGGGGAACAAGGAUCGGAUGGUUACUUGUUAGUGCAAUAGUACUAGCGCACUCUUGUUCCUACCUCGAUCCUCGUAAGUAGCUACUGCUAGGAAAAAAAAUCCUCAGUAAUAAUAAGUAUAAGUAUAGGGAGACGAAAUAAACGGAACACAGAACCAGUUAUUAUCACAGAUAGCUUAUAUAGACAAUAAUAUACUCCUUGUAUUAUGAACCAGUGGCGAAUUUGGACAGAAAUACAUGCUGUUUACUUGUUCA